AUGUAUCAUUCAGAAUCAGGGGAAGCGGAUGUAUUUCAGUAUGGGCAUUUGAUGUUGCUGGCCAGAAGACCCUUGUUUUUUAGGGAGAUCAAUCCACAACCAAGGAAACAUACUUUGUGGCAGGCAACAUCAGACUUUACUGGUGGACAAGCCAGCAUAAACAGGCGACAUUUUCUGCAGUGUCCGCAAGGAUUGCUAGGCAAGCAUUUUGAGAAGCUCAUUCAGUGUGAUCCACGUCUCAACUAUCUAAGCCAGCAUCCGGAUUUGGUGCUGGAUUCUCCAUAUUUUGAACCUGGAACAACUUCAGUUCACGACCACAUUGAAUCUAGUGAUGGUUUUGAUAGAAAGAGCGAAGAGCGAUCUGGUAUUUUUGGAUUGCAGGAUGUGGAGUCAGGAUCUGCAGUUCAAUCAUCUUCCUCAAAAAGUGAACAUAACCUUGGUAAAGCUGUUGAAAAUGUUAACCAAGAAAUUACCUCACCUAGCUCAGUGAUGAACAUCCAUGCAAUGGAAGAUUUCAGGAGUAGAGGAGCUGAAACAUUGAAGUUUCUCAGUAAUUUGGAUCAGAUCAAAUUGCCUGGACUUCACCCAUCAAUGUCAAUGGACGAUUUGGUAAGCCACAUUGGACAUUGCAUUUCAGAACAGAUGGGAUCCGACAAUCCGAGUUUGGCUGGUGACAGCCUGUAUAGCAGAUCUAUUCUGGAAGAAUUUUCUCAGUACUUGUUCAAUGACUCUCAACAUGCAACUACCUCUGAUGAACAGCGUGUGAUGUCAAGGGUGAACUCACUUUACUGCCUUCUGCAGAAGGAUCCUUCUUCAGCAGAAGACAUAAACACAAUGGCCAAAAAUGGCAAUAGUCUGAGAGAUGCAAAUGCUUUGUCAAGGGUGAACUCACUAUACUCCCUUCUGCAGCAUGCAGAAGACACAAUGACCAGAAAUGGCAAUGGUCUGAGAGAUGCAGAUGUGAUGUCAAGGGUGAACUCGCUAUACUGUCUUCUGCAGAAGGAUCCUUCUACAGCAGAAGACACAAACACAAUGACCAGAAAUGACAAUGGUCUUGAUGCGGAUGAGGGUGGAAAAGUUGGUGUCAGUAACUCUAACACCACUGAAUUGUCACCAUGCAAAAUUAAAGUGCCUGAUUUGGAAGUUCAACCGGAUGAUGCUUCUGGCUGCAAGCAGGGGGUUAGUGGUAUGUCCAGAAAGGAAUCAGCUGGCGAUUUGCUUCUUAAUCUUCCAAGGAUCGCAUCUCUGCCUCAGUUUUUGUUUAACAUGUCCGAGGAUUCUGUUAAUAAAGUUUAGAUAGUAACCAUCUUUCGAUUAAAACUUGCAAGAAACACAAAAGCUACUAUAUUAUAUAGUCUUCAACAGUGAAUAUUGUAUAUCUGCCUCAGUUUUUGUUUAACAUGUCCGAGGAUUCUGUUAAUAAAGUUUAGAUAGUAACCAUCUUUCGAUUAAAACUUGCAAGAAACACAAAAGCUACUAUAUUAUAUAGUCUUCAACAGU